UGGUGUCAUUCGCUGGAUGGGAAAUAUGCCACAAGUGAGGGAAAAGGUGGUAGCAGGUCUGGAAUUGGAAGAGGAGGAGUCUGGGUGUUCAGAUGGGACUUUUAAUAAAAAAAGAUAUUUCACCUGCCCAAAAGGAAGAGGUUUCUUUCUUUUACUGGAGAAUUGCCGACCAGAUUCCCGCUUUGCUAACUCACCAACCACUGAUGUCUGUUUAAAUGCUGAAAAAGACAGGCGACUUAUGAAGGAAAAUGAACCAGGAGGAAACGUUCACAGGCUGGUGAGAGAACUGGAGGAAAAGGUGACACAUUUGCAAGCAGAACUACGAGAGAAAGAGUUGAGAGAGACCAGCUUACAUGAAAAGAUAGAUGAGAUAGAGCAGCAGCUGACAAACCUGCGAGAUGUAACUCAGCAAAUGACAAUUGUCCAAGGGCAGUUACAAGAAAAAAAUGAAGAAACUGCUAAUUUACAGAAUCAAGCUACUGUCUUAAGGCAACAACUGGAGGAAAAAGACCAGGAAAUAAAUGAAUUGGAAACAACUCUGUCCACAGCUCAGGAUGAGUUACGUGAACAUCAACGACAACUGAGAGAUGUAACUCAGCAAAUGACGAUUGUCCGAGGGCAGCUACAAGAAAAAAAUGAAGAAACUGCAAAUUUACAGAAUCAAGCUACUGCCCUAAGGCAACAACUGGAGGAAAAAGACCAGGAAAUGAAUGAAUUGGAAACAACUCUGUCUACAGCUCAGGAUGAGUUACGUGAAUAUCAACGACAACAGUCUCCUGAGUGGGUCAUUUCACGGGAUCACAUUCAGCUGACGGGUAGGUUUCUCGGCAGAGGAGGCUGGGGAAGUGUUGUCGAAGGCAAAUAUUGUGGUUGUUCUGUUGCAGUGAAACAGAUCCAUGAGUUGAUUCUCUCUCCUCACAACCGCAAAUUAUUUGAGCGAGAAAUGGAUAUUGCAUCAAGAUGCCGCCACCCUUGCUUGCUGCAGUUCAUCGGAGCUACAAAUGACGAAGGGAAUCCAUUGUUUGUAACAGAGCUUAUGGAAACAAGUUUACGCACUCUGUUGGAACAGAGAGCUCUUUCUGAGGCUGAAAUGUCUUUUAUUUCCCUGGAUGUGGCUCGGGCGCUAAACUACCUUCACCAAAAGCAACCAUCUCCUAUUAUUCACCGCGACAUCAGCAGUGCAAAUGUGCUACUUUGGCGACAGGGUGAACAUUGGCGAGGCAAAGUGUCAGAUUAUGGAACUGCCAACUUUAUGCAACGGACCAUGACAGUUGCUCCUGGUGCCAUGAUAUACAGUGCUCCUGAAGCACUUACUAAAAAGCAAACGGUCAAGGUUGAUGUGUACAGUUUUGGUGUCCUCCUCUGUGAGAUGUGCAUCCGGGAAUUGCCAAAUCCAGAAAGGCGUAAUCGGCAAGUCGCCAUGGUUAAAAACAAAUUGAAUCGAGCCCUUAUCCGGAGAUGUUUGCAACGAGAGCCUGAGGCGAGACCAAGCAUACAGGAGAUCAUUGAUGAACUUGAGGAACCCGUUUAAAAUAGGUUUGGUUGGUUUUGCUUUUAACAGAAUUAACGUAAUUCUGCUAUUACCAAUGUAAUUGCAGUGGUACUUAUGCUACUGGAGGACAUCUCUUGUGUGUUUCCCCCCUGGAAAUCACAAGACAUUAUUAGAUUGAUAGGUUUCAAAAGUUAAUUUCAUUAUUCAGAAUGGGAGAAAUACAGGAAAUUCCAAAGGAAUGGAAAAUGAUAGGAGUAUCGUCAACUAAAAGCGUUUACUACGUGGGAGGUUUUCCUUUAAGUGUUAUGUAGAAAGAGUUUUAUGAACAAAUAAGUUUUAUGAUUCCUUUUGUAGCUCAGUUCUACAAAGUGCCCUCCCAUUUUGAUUUAGAUCGUAAACGAAGACCCUUGUCGCAUUUUUGGUAAGGUUUGAAAUCAGUGGGAUGCCAUUUUAUAUUCCCUAGUUCAAGCUGAAUCAUUUUCGGUCGCGUGUUUGAAUCAAUGGCGUGCGAUUG